AGACCUAUAAAAAGAAUAUCAAGAAGCUAUUAAAAGCGCAAUUGGAAGCAAUUCUAGGCCUCAACUAUUUCUGCUUUUAUUGGCGGAUGACUAAUAUUAUUGUUGGAACUCUGUUUGACAAAAGGCUUGUAGAACACCAUUUAUCUGUAAUGGCUAGUGGGCAAAUUAGUUUGAGAUAUCCAUUUCUUGUAAUUCUUGUUCUUGUGAUUUCUGCAGCAGCAGAUCCUGAUCCUCUGCAGGAUUUUUGUGUGGGAAUCCUCAAGCAAAGCGAAACCCAGGAUAUAAAUCUCAAUGGAUUGCCCUGCAAGGAUAUCAGGGAGGUAACUGUGGAUGACUUUGUAUACGAAGGAAUAAGAACGGUGGGCAAUCUAUCUGCUACUAAUACUGGAUUUGCUAGCACAUCUGUGAGUGUUGCCCAAUUUCCUGGGCUGAACACAUUAGGGAUGUCAGCUCUGAGGGCUGAUUUUGAGGAAGGGGCAGUGAAUGUGCCUCACCUGCAUCCCAGAGCCACAGAGAUGGUUUAUGUAGUGGAGGGACGCUUGUAUUGUGGGUUUAUCACCUCAGAAAACAAGCUAUAUGCCAAGGUCAUUCAUAAGGGGGAUGUGAUGGUAUUUCCAAGAGGGUUGGUGCAUUUUCAGAUGAAUGUGGGACAUGGGCCUGCUGUCCUUUUGGGAUCAUUCAAUAGCGAGAAUCCUGGAUCGUUGAAGCUUCCAUUCACUCUGUUUGGAUCAGGCAUUGAGGACCAUCUUCUUCAGAAAGCUUUUUAUCUUAGUAAAAAGGAAGUCAAAUCCUUGAAAUCCAAGUUUGGCCCUAAGGCCUAGAGGGUUUUUGCUAUGUAGUGGAUUUGUUAUUCAUACUAAGUCUUCAUCUAGCCAAAGAUGGAGACUUUAUCAGAAUAAUCUGUCUGUUAAUUUAUAAGGUCGGAUAUCUACCUCAAAGACCUCUCCUGAUACUUGUUUCUCUCUGUGUACUUUUGUAGUGAAGUAUCAAAGGCCUGGGUCUUGUGGAACAUCAUCUGUUAUAUAGGGAUAAGUAUUAACAUUUAAGAUUCAUCCUCAUCUUGCCAAUUGCAAUCCAUCCUUCAGAAGCCAACUUGCUUGUGUUUUAUACAAUAAAACAGAAAAUUUAAAACCAUUUUGCCCAAAUAUGGGUAGCA